CUCUGAAACUUUGCCUGAGACAUACGGACCGUUCGUCGCGUAGUUAGCAAAAUGUGUCUCUUUUAGCUUCUUAUUUGCUGGAAGUCCGACAGAGCAGUCAGUUUUACUGUGCGUUCAAGUUUUGCUCCAUAAAACAGAUGCUUUAGGUUUGGUACUCGCGCAACUCUUAACUUCAGACCAUCUCAGAUUUCCCUCACUGUUGCCUGAGGAGAUGGCGAUGAGAGAGAGAGAGAGAGAGAGAGAGAGAGAAGAGGGGGAGUCCCAACACACAACUAUGAUUGACAUCUAGAAAGACAAGAGAUGCUGCAGAAGGACAACAUUUUGCUAUCAGUUGAUGUUUGGAUACAGAGCUACUUAAAAUAACCAUAUUAGAAAUAUACAACUUAGUCUCAAAUAUAGCCUCGUAAUAAAGAGCUGAAAAACAAAUGUAGAACUCUUAAACCUGGGAAGGACAGAGGGAAUGUUUUUUCACAAAUGGGCAGUCAAGAUGAUGUCCAGAUAGGAGGAACAGAGGAGAAUGGAAUCGUAAUAACCUGGUUCUCAGAUUAAGUGGAGUAGCCCUGCUGAUCGUAAUAGAAGUGAUAGAAAUCUCCGUGUGCUGCACUGAUGACAACAGCUUCAUGAGAGGCACCACACACCAGUGGGUCAAAUCAAAUGCAGUCCCAUUCAGUUCCUAGUCAGUCUGUCCAAAAGACAAGGCGAUUGCUGGCAAUCAUGAGGAGGAUCUUCCAUGUGAAGGGAGAUGUGAUGUGCACUGUUCUGCUGCUUGUGCUACUCUGCAUACUGCUCUAUGCUCAACAGGUCCUGGUCUCCUUACGGUGGGACAGAACCACAUUAAAGCUGGAAAUGCAGGGUUCUACAAGCUCCAGCCGGGCUUUACUUGGAGCUGAUGGGAAGACUGAGACAGUCAUAGGGGCCAGAAUAAGCCAGAAGUCUCAAGGGGUACCGUCUGGCCCUCCUGACCCAAAGCUUCCUAGCUGCAAGCCCCAGGAACCCAAAUCCCAGUCCAAACAUGGAGCCCCUCAGUCCAAAUCUAGUCUUCAAGUCAAGCCUGAUCAGUCAUCUAAGGCAAAAGUAAAGGGGGGGCAUAAGAAUGUAGUGCCGACAACAAUGUCUGAAAACGCUCUACCCACAAUGGCACCAUUUGACUUCGAAGGAUACCUGAGGGAAAAAGACAACAGAAACUUCCGGCUGCUCAUCGACCAACCACAGAAAUGUAAAAUAGAAGGAGGAGAAGGAGAAAAAAGCUCCCCUACUGCUCUCUACUUGCUCAUUGCAGUGAAAUCUGCUGCUGAAGAUUUUGAUAAGCGACAGGUAGUGCGUCAGACAUGGGGUAAGGAGGGGGUUUUCCAAUAUGGUGCAACAACUCGCACAGUUUUCCUCCUGGGGGUACCCAGAAAUGAGAGGGCCCUGCCUCUGUGGGACCGGCUACUUGCCUAUGAGAGUGAAACCUUUAAGGACAUCCUACUCUGGGACUUUGAAGACACCUUCUUCAACCUGACGUUAAAGGAGACACAUUUUCUGCAGUGGGUCAACACCAGCUGUCCUUAUGUCAGGUUCAUCUUCAAGGGUGAUGCUGAUGUCUUUGUUAAUGUGGAGAACAUUCUAGAAAUGUUACAUGGUGAAAGGGAAGAUGAAGACCUAUUUAUUGGAGAUAUCAUCAUCCAUGCCAAACCCAUUCGUCGACGCAGCUCCAAGUACUAUGUGCCGGAGUUCAUGUAUGGGGCAGGCUUGUACCCAUCGUAUGCUGGGGGAGGGGGUUUUGUCAUGUCAGGACAUACAGCCCGAAGACUCAGCUCUGCUUGUCAGAAGGUGGAGUUGUUUCCCAUCGACGAUGUCUUCCUAGGAAUGUGCCUUCAGCACAUUGGCAUCAAACUAUCACGCCACAAGGGCUUUCGGACCUUUGGGAUUCCCCAACCAUCUGCUGCACCCCAUCUUCAGAUGUUUGACCCCUGUUUUUAUCGGGAGCUCAUGGUGGUCCACAGUCUUACUGUACCCCAGAUAUGGCUCAUGUGGCACCUCCUGCAUGACCACAAACUUAUCUGUCACAACAGGAGAAGCCCAACACCCUGGCCCUUUAAGUGGAAAGGUAGACUGGAAGGAAAUGUUGAAACACAAGAGGACACAGGAGAGGAGGAGAUCUUGAUGCCUGAUAUGGCUUUUUUGUUGAAAUCCGAUCUUUUUUUAUGAUGUUUACAUUGUGCAACCCGUGUUUGGGCUGUGUUUACAUGGCCAUGCAUCUGCUAUGACAUGCAUGUACACACAGCAACACAUGAUGUUGGCAUAGCAACGUAGGCGAUGGAAAGAUGCCAAAUAUGGAACCCAAGUGAGCUGAUGUUUAUUCCAAAAGGAUUCAAUGGUGACAGAGAAGGGCUGCAACAAUUUCCACCACCUCCACCAAUUUCCACCACCUGCAGAUUUUUAUCUUUCAAUACAUUACGCAAAAAUAGCCUAUGGAAAUUGCGCACUACAUAAUUAGACAAAACUCAGAUCCAAAAAUUAGCACAUAACAAUUGUCAUGUACCAACAAUAUCAAAUAUGCCAUCAUAUUAUAGUUAAGAUAGGAAAACACAGAGUCUAGUGAGUUAAUAUACACACAGCAUGGCCUGGAAUGUGUGACUGUUUUACACUGGUUUGAUGACUCCCACUGGCUGGCAAGCUUUAAGAGGGGACACCUUCUUCUGUUUGAGCAAUCAUUUGUUUAUCACCUUUCCCGAGUACUUAUUUCCUUUGAGUACUUAUUAUUGCUAGCUAAUUCAAAUAAGGAAGUUACACGAAGUGCUGAAUAUGAUGUCGACAAGGCAUUCCUGGGGGCAAAACUCUGACAUGAGCAUUUAAAUUCAGGUCGGAUGUUGAUGAUCCAGAUUGUAUCAGAAUUUCAAGAAGCCUGUACCCAAUCCCAAAAAAAAUAACAUGUGUCCUUAUGAGGAAUAUGAUAAAAGACAUUCUAUUUACUAUGUGUAAGUUGGCAACAAAGAUCUAUUCUGUUCAUCCCCACCAAUUGGCUUGAUCGUGGAGUGGGUGGGUGGGGGGUGUUAAUAGAUCAGUCUCCAUCCAUUCCUUCAUCUCCCCAUCACACGUGAUAUCUCAGACAUCACUGGCUAUAUUUUAACAAAACAUGUGUAGACAUUUGUAUUUGCAUGAGACAGAGUGAGAGCGCGACAGAAUGCAACAGAGAGCACAGCAAUAACUGGUAGCUGGUCAACACACAUUGAGAUUAUGGUACAGAGAUACAUACCAGUAACAGUAAAGAAUAAGCAACAAUGUGACCUAAAUAAUAUUUAUGAUACAGCACAACUGUUUCACUGUUUGGGCCAUAAAGUUUCUCUCUAUGCAGAUGAAA